AUGUUUUUCUUUGUUCCAGAAAUUGUCCCUUUGUCUCCGUUGUUAUCAACAACUGCGCGGUGCAAAGACAGCGCAAAACGAAGUGACUCGAAACAGCUGUAUGUUAAGACGCUGCUGGAUGAACUGGCGUUUUUGUCCGACGGCCGAAAGGUCAUGUUAGAUCCGUCCAUUUUGGAUGAUCAGGCGACGCGACAGUCCAAACGUAUGACCGGAGGAGGGACGGAAUGUGACCAAGGCUUACACACACGCCCGGUUACUGCCACCGAUCUCAUGCGUGUCCCGGGAGGUACAAACAAGGAAGCCCUAUUUUACAAUCUGAUAUGGUUGGCCGGACACGUCGCCACUGCAGAAGUUUUACAGCGCAUUUAUCUGUCACAAGUGGUUACUCAACAAAGUCUCUGCAGUUCAUUAAGCACUGUCAUUGGUCGCAAGGUCGAUUCCCCAUCAUUACACCUGCUCCACGGGGCGGACGGUGCCCUAUUCUGGCUCGUUGUUGUCGCCGCACGGACUGUCAGUCUCCUGGGGAUCAUGGAUUGUUCAAAGUGGCUGGCCUCUCAUCUGUUGGAUUCCACUGCUGGCUCAGUAUCCUCUGAUCCCGUGACGAUGACCCCAGAUUCUCUGGACGAGUCCGCAGAUCGCUUUCUUCGUGGACUGGCAAUGGCUAAUUUGUUGGCGUUGGCAUUCCAUUUUUAUCGACCAGACCAAGCUCCAGCUGAAGACUUUUACUUCAACUUCGGUCCGGGAGGUGAACUGGAACCCGCGGCAUCUCAGCACAAUGCACGUUUGGUGGCCAAUUUAUGUCGUGGCCGAAGGGAACUCCAUUCGGUUUUGUCUCUCAUGCCGGCUGCCUGCACCGGAUCUGGAAACGAGCCGAAUGAUUCGCAAAACUCCAACACCGACUUGCAUCACGUGAACCUGAUCGGAUUCUGCUCCCAAGGUCUGGCGAGAUCACCAGCACACCGAAGACUCCACAACGCAUCACUGGCAGCGGAACUCUACCAAUGGUUCACCCGCGAUAUACCAGAUCGUCAGAUACCACCGCUGAAGGUUAAGGGCAUCAAGGCGUUGGGAACGCUGAACGAAAUUCAAAAAACAGGUCCUGAAGCCAAAAGAUCUCCGGAACAAGCAGGGGCGCGGAGCGAGAACCAUCUAUUCGAAGAAAACAAGCGGACAUUGGAAGUCCCAAAUGGUAUGGAUAGACGAAGUCCGCCAGGAAGCGACCCCAGUUAUUCUUCAGCCGGAGGACGAGGGACAUAUCGUCUGGACAGCACAACCAUCUCUGAUGAGUUGAACAGUCCAAGUGGAGGACAAAUUGUACCUGACAGUCAUGUGAGAACAGAACAUUUCAAUGCAGAAUCGCUUCAAAACCGGUUAGAUGAGCUUUCUACAAGCUGUCUUAUUCAAUCUACCGAAGGUGGAGUGUAUCUUCCACCUGCUCAAAGCGGUAAAUCCGCUGCGCUGUCGGGGGAAACCAGGCGUCAGGACAACGGAAAUCGAUGUAGUACGAAAGCAUCCCACGAACCAAACCAUGAUCCUCUGCAGCGAAUGUUCUUCAAAAACCCGAAGCCGUUUGUUUAUUCCGACAAAAUUUUGCUGGAGCUUGGUCUAAUCGAUAAAAAUGGAAUGCCAACGCCAACAAAUUCGCCAUUGCCAGUCCACGGAGAAAGCGAUCUGCGGACUCGUCCAGAGAAUCUGGGGUCAUCGUCACGGGAUCAGAGGAUACUGAGCCAGCAGUGGAAUCCAACAGAUGAGAUGCCGGCCAAUUUAAACAAUCUUUUGGAACCACAAGAUGGUCACAGAUCUCGAUCAAGAUCUUCGGUCGUCACCAGGAGACCAGGAGACCGAAAUAACGUCCCAGGAAGAGGUGUGGAUCCGUAUCAUGAACCGUUUUCCGUCGCCCAGUCGGUAAACCGCACACGUGACCACGCCAGAGCAAGACCGAAACUAUCACGACCAAACAGUCGUUUAUCAGGUGAUACUGUGGGUGCUUCGGAGCUAUAUAAUGGUGGUGGAACUGGAAACCACGGAUGGCUACCUGUUGGACGAUCGCAAGAUCACCUUCCAGAUUCUUUGAAUGAUAGAAUGGAACCUGAUGAACGGGCCGAUGACUAUACUGACUGUGAACAGGAUUGUUAUGAUCACGAUGCUUUUCAAGACGUUCAUCGACCUCACAGAGCAUCCGCACCGGUUGGGAGACGAAGCCGUAAUCAAAUCCUUCGAGAGGCAGACACACUGUCAGCGAGGACAGCACAGCUUUGCCACUUUCGUGGCCCACGAAGAUCACGAUCUCAAAUAAGUCAUUACAACUUGUACCCACCAGAUGCAUUCCAUCCCUCGGCUGGUGGUAAUUCUUGUAUGGUGCCGGUUUUCUACCCGGUCGAAUCAACACCGGGUCAAUUUGUCCAACCAGCUUUUGCUUACAACCCGGCCCCCCCAUUCCAUCAUCCCCGAGCAACAUGGGAUCGUCCCUCUGUCGUUCCGACAUUGAUUGCUGGACCAAACGGCUGUGGUAUUCCAUCCAACUACUGUUUUACCAACUCAGUGCUUCUGGCGACGGAGAACAAGAAUGUAUCGCCAUUGGUUCCCAACACAUCCACGGACCAGAUGUGUCAAACCAGUGAAGCACUGGACGAGAUUCAAACGCUCAAGGGACCAACAUCAAAUACCAGUCCACCUAUAAAGACGGAAAAGAUUCCACCAGAUAUCCCGGCAAGUUCCCCAAAUGCAGAGGUUGAAGCUGUUAGUCCGGACUCCAAACCCGAGCAAAAGGAAUCCAACGGUUCAAGGAUCCAAUCCUUUUUCAUUCCGUUCGAUUCCGGUCGCCCUGCGGUUCCCAUACACACGCUGCCAAGAGCACUGAGUCGCACGAGGAAACAGCCGCUGAAGCAUUCGAACAGCCAAGACGAACAAAGCUUCGGAACGCUGCUUGAUGCACGAACCACGUUGUCCGCGAAAAUGUCCAAAGCAAUCGGGAACAAAUUAACCAAACUGCCACCAAACGGUAUACUGCCAUCCAAAACUUUCUCAGCUGAGGCCGCACCCAAAGAUGUUCACAAAAGGAGUAUUCCGUGCUCCGAAAUGCCGCACCCAUCCUCUACAUCCAAUGCGUUGUCACCCUCGGGCACAGUGGCGACCAACGGUACUGAUUCAUCGUCAAACGACAAAGCCUCGGAUGCCAAGGAUCAACUGGAACAGCGGGAGAGAAAGCGAGAACUCGAAAAGCAGCGCAGAGAGAUGAUUUUUCAGGCUUAUCUGAAUAGAAAGUUCAACGUUUCCAAUGACAAAGAGGGGCAAAGUGACCAGUCAAGACCAUCAAGCGGUGCUUCCCAAAAGAACCAAUCAAACUCCCAAGAGAAAACAGACAAGUCAGAAGUUCGUAUACCCCGAAGGACUUCAAGUAUCCCUCGAAGGAAGAAUGUGGCAAGCGCUCGGUCCGCUCGGGAACCUCAGACGCAAGACGAUGGUGCGCUGCUCUCCGAUCGGGUCGACAAAAUCAGCGAAUUUAUCAAUGCGCUGAAUGCAGCUGACACGAAACUCUUUGUACAACUCCAAAGCAAAUCAAACAGAAGAGUGAUUGCCAACGCCAUCAGUCACUGCUGUCUCGCCGGUCCUGUGAAUCAGGAUGCCAAACAAACGGCGCUUACGACGACACUUCAAUGCACAGGGUUGAUGCGGAUCGAGAAACUGGACCUGCCCACGAGUCCAGAGGAGGGCGGCUCUUCCAGGGUUUCCAUCGACCUUUCCGUUGAUCUUCAAACGUAA